UUGCACCGAAGCCGACACGGCCAAAAUCAACCCUGAAACCGACUUUGAGGUUCUGUAACAUAUCACAAAAUGAGGCAGUUCUUAUCGUCUCAACCGAGCUGCAGCCUUCAAACGGUCACAACGCCAUCGUCUCCGUCGUCGUUUCCGGCGAAUCGUGAAAACUUAAAAGGGUGUGGCUCUUAAAAGGAUGGAAUGGGAGUUUCUUUAUAUCUGUUCUGCCAAUAUAUGUUAACUUUGCUAUUCCCAGCGAUGUCUUCAUUGACUUCAUCAACAACAAUAAUUACUGCCUUGGCUAUACCAGUCCAGAAGAAUCUUUCUGCUUCAGAUAAUAGACCCCUAAGCACAUGGAUUUCUGUUUCCCUUUACUAUUCAUGCAAAAUAAGAAAUAAGUGCAAUGGGAGGAUUCAACUUAUUGGAUCUGAUCAAAUAAUGCCGAGGGUAUGUUCAAGACCAUUUCAAAUUAGAACUCCCAUCACACAUACUAGUCAGAAGCAAAGUGCUGCAGUAGUUUGUUCUGCUGCUUUGAAUGCAAGAUGUGGUGCAGAGCAAACUCAAACCAUUACACGUCAAUCACCAACAAGUACAAUAACACCAAUUCAAGGCAAGGAAAAGGCACCUGAGCUUGAUGAUGGUGGGACUGGAUUUCCACCUCGUGAUGAUGGAGAUGGUGGUGGGGGUGGUGGCGGUGGAGGAGGAGGUUGGUCGGGAGGAUUCUUCUUUUUUGGUUUUUUGGCAUUUCUAGGGUUUUUGAAGGACCAAGAAAGCGAGGGGCCUUACAGGGACGAUAGGAGAAAAUGAGCGGAUAAUUUGAUGUUUCUUUCCCUGUUGUAUCGACAUAAACUAUUAGAUUGUGUUAUUGGACCCAAAGAACCUAUAUGAAUUUUCCUACACUUUUUUUUUUUA